GAGUUGUGAAAGUUUGGAUCGGAAGCAAUGGGUUACGCUGGUUUGGUGGUUGUUGGAGUUCUCCUCGCUUCUGUGGUUAGUUUGGAAGCCAGACACGAAACGGAGUCCCCGUCGACGCUGGAGACUGCCGAAUUCAUGAAGGACGUCAAACAGGAGUGUCGCAAUGCCACGGGAGACGAUCGGGCUUUUAAGGACCUGGUGGCGAUCAUGAACAGUGAUACUCCGCGGUGUUUCAUGCAGCAUGUGAACAUGAGUUACCUGCAGGCUCCGAUCGAUGAGAUGAGUGUGGCCGAGCAGAGUAAGCUUCUGGGGGGAAUAUGUGGUCAGUUGGAGAAGGCCGUUGUUUGUAUCGAUCCGGUUGUGGACGCGAUCAAACCCUGCAUGGACGACGAGGAUGAUAUGCAGAUCUUGACGAAGAUCGUCGACACCGUACCGGAAGCGAUCAAGAUGAUCUGCAACAACAGUGGAGCAAUGCUGUUGGAACUGCGGGAACCUCUGUCGAGGUCUUGUGCGGUGGAGCUGGCACCAGCGAUUGACGAUUGUAUGGACGUUUUGAGCAACAGCACUAUGACGAUGGAUCUGAAAAACUACACCCUUACGGAGUGCAAAGAAAUCUACAAAAUGCGGGACUGCUUGGACCGGAAGAUCCGGGAUUGCGGAGCGUUGACCUAUCUGGAACUGUUCGGGUUGUUCUACCGGAAUCUGCUGUCGAUUACGCCGUGCAAGAUGGUUGCUCAGGACGGAUGAGGGCUUUGAAGAAUUAUUUUGUUAAUAAAACUAUGGACAAUCAAGUUGAAAGUUUUUCUACUUUUGUACAACUAUUUUCAUGAGUUUUCAAUCCAUCAAUAU